AUGGGAGACUGGAGGGACUACAUCGCCGUCAUCUUGACGGACAAUCGUGUGGAGGAUGUCGCCAUUGUGGGCCUCCACGACAACCGGGCGGUAUGGGCCUCCAAGCCUGGGGGUUUCCUGGCGGCCAUUUGCCCAGAGGAGGUGGAGACGUUGGUGGGGAGGGACAGAGGGAGUAUCCUGCUGACAGGGGUGACGGUUGGGGGGCGCAGGGCCGCGGUGGUCAGAGAUCACAUGAUAGGCCCAGAGGAUGAGCUCAGAUUCAUGGACCUCAGAACCAAAGGCAGCGAGGGAUUGGCCCUCACGGUUGUCCAGACGACCAAGACGUUGGUGUUUGUGCUGGGAAAGCGAGGGGUGCAUGCUGGGACUGUCAACAAGAAGGGGUGGGACAUGGCCACAUAUCUUCGAAGGAAGGGGGUUUGA